AGUGAGAACAACCCAAAAGACAGUCCAACUUCCACACACUCCACUUGAACAGUUGAACGUACACGUUACUGGUUACUACUAGAAUCUAGAUUUAUCACUCAUCAAGGAGAUGAGAUGAGCUCCCUCUUCCUCACUUCACCAAAACCCUGCAACAUCUUUGCCAACAUCAACAAUAACAAUGGAAGAACCUACAACAACAACAACAACAACAGUUACAUCAACUCUCUUCUCAAUUGCUCAAAAAAUUCUCUAGUUUCUGCUUCCAUAGCUGCUGCACUCUCCUUCACCCUCCAAUUACCUUCUCCUCUUUCAAUUGCUGCUGAUUCUCCUCCUUUUCGUCAACCUUCUUCAUCUUCGUCUUCGUCUUCGUCUGUCGAGGAUUGUCGGGAGGAUGAAUUGGUGGCUCAAUUAGGAUUAUCUGCGCCCAAUAUGGUGACAAAUGAAGGUAUUGUGGAGGAAGCUUGGGAGAUUGUUAAUGACAGCUUCCUUUACACUGGCCGUGAUCGCUGGUCGCCUGAGUCGUGGCUGCACAAGAAGGAAGAUAUAUUGAGUAGCUCCAUUAAGACUAGAUCCAAGGCUCAUAAUAUCGUCCAAAAAAUGCUGGCAAGCUUAGGAGAUCCUUACACACGUUUUUUAUCGCCAGAAGAGUUCUCGAAGAUGGCGAGAUAUGACAUGACUGGUAUCGGAAUAAAUCUCAGGGAGAUGCCUGACAGCAAUGGAAGUUUUAAACUUAAGGUGCUUGGACUGGUACUGGAUGGUCCUGCUAAUACUGCAGGAAUUAGACAGGGUGAUGAAAUCUUGUCUGUUGAUGGGGAGGAUGUGAGGGGAAAAUCUGCAUUUGAAGUAUCAUCAAAGUUGCAAGGUCCCAGUGAAACAUUUGUAAUAGUCGAGGUCAAGCAUGGCAACUGUGGUCCAGUUCAGUCUGUCAAAGUUCAGAGACAGCUAGUCGCUAGACCCCCAGUGUUCUGCCGGUUGGAACAAAUUGAUAAUGGUGCCACCUCUGUUGGAUAUGUGCGUCUAAAAGAGUUUAAUUCACUGGCCAGAAAAGAUAUAGUGACAGCAAUGAAGCGCCUGCAGGAUCUUGGUGCCUCAUGCUUUGUUCUGGACCUCAGAGACAAUUACGGUGGCCUAGUGCAGGCCGGAAUAGAGAUUGCAAAGCUGUUUCUGAACAAGGGGGAAACGGUGAUUUAUACUGCUGGAAGAGAUCUGUCCCAGAAUGCGGUGGUGUCAGAGUCUGCACCACUGGUCAUAGCACCUGUCAUGGUUUUGGUGAACCAUAAUACUGCAAGUGCAAGUGAAAUAGUUGCAUCUGCUCUUCAUGAUAAUUGUAAAGCUGUUCUUGUUGGAGAGAAAACUUAUGGCAAGGGUCUCAUUCAAUCAGUUUUUGAGCUCCAUGAUGGAUCUGGUGUAGUAGUCACAGUAGGGAAGUAUGUAACACCUGGCCACUCAGAUAUCAAUGGAAACGGAAUUGAGCCAGACUUCUCUAACAUCCCACGGUGGAGCAAGGUGACAGAAUAUCUUUCAACCUGCAAUCUUUCAAAGCAAAGAUGAUUGAAACAUACUUAUUUUGUUUCUUGGAAACAUUCCUAUCUACUUGUGAAUCUAUUGAUUGCCUAUCCGCUGAUAAAUAUCGCUCGUGAUACUGUUUAAAGUGCUCAUCUCUUUGACCUACAGCUGCCAUGUAUCCAUGAAGAGCUGAAAAUAUUUUAGUGCUUCCUGGUUUGGCUUUCUUAUACAAAUAUGGUGUUAGGUUUAGUAUUGACGGAGGCGGCAGAAAUGACAUUCAUGUAUUAUAGGUCUUUUAUCUACUUGUCAUAGUUGGUGUUUAUAGAAAGAUUUUGACAACUAUCUGGACUGCAAUAUAAUACCUACUUAUUUGGUUAAA